ACGGGAGGGUGCGUUGAGUUGGCUUGCCGUUGAUGAAGAAUGUCAAUAGUCUUGCUCUAUACUAUGGAUCUUGAGAUGUUCAUAUGAUUGACGUAGAUUUUUACAAGGAAAGCGUACCAAUAUUACGGUAUCGUUUGUGUCAACUAGGAUUGGAUUAUAAAGGAACGAAGAAGGAUUUGGUUCAACGACUUGUUGCCGCCUCGACGCAGGAUCAAGACCAAUCUCUGGAAGAAACCUUUCAUGCAAGUACUGGAAACUCGAUAGUACGAGGAGCGAGUAAAGAGAGACCUUGUAAGGGAAUAUUAAUACAUAAUAGUGUUUGGAUUACACAAAGGGAGCAUAUGAUGGAGUUAGGCUCAACCUUGUCAGGUUUUGGUAAGGGUUCGUUAUCCCGAAGUGUUCCUGUAUUUGGAACAGAAGCACCGGAAGCUUUGAAAGGAAAAGUAGCAAGACAACGCACCAAAUUGACAAGACAAAGAGAAAGCUUGGAAAUACAAGUUGCUCGGUUGGACUCUGAGAAUAGUCAUCGAGCUUUGGUUAGUUCCUCUGAAGGAGAUAUUCUUGCUGUAGACAUAGGUCCGCUGCUUUCUUCUCCAACAAAGGAUAAUAUUUUCGAAGAACACCUUCAACUUUGUUUGUGGGAAGCUUUCUAUGCUAGUUUCAUUUCUAAGCAAUUGAAUAUUUUUGAUAAGACCGAUCCAAUAACCAAGUUGACCGAUCCUGAUCGUACAUAUGCGUAUUUUUGUAGGCUCAUUCCUCAUUUUCCCUAUUAUUUAGCAAUAUAUUGCUAUUAUAAGGAAAGAGGAUGGUCUCCUCAUUCCGGACUGAAAUACGGUGUGGAUUUUGUAUUGUAUUAUGGUUCGGUUGAAAGUCACGUUCAUUCUCCUUUUUGUGUUUUAGUCGAUAUCCACAAAGAUGAUUCACCUGGUGACUGUUUGUUGGAGAAAAGUUGGAUCAGUUUGCAGAAUAGACUUCGGCUAGUAAAGCAGGUUGCCAAACAGUUAUUAUUAGUUCAUGUGCAGAAGCCAAAAGGUUUAGCAGAUGAAAUUUUAUUCUCUCGUUGGGAAAGUUGUCUAUCUUUAGAAAUAUCAGAAAUGCGUGUAGAACGUUGGACGGCUUUAAAUAAACGAAGAAAAAAAGAUGGACGUGUUUGAUAUUUUUCUAUACUGGCUUGUAUUUUGCCUAUGAGAUAUGGAACAUUCUCUAUUGUGAAUGUUGAAGAGUUUAAAAGCUAUUUGUUUUAGAAUGGGAGAUGCCUAAAGCAACAUGACAUCAUAAAUAGAUAUAGAUUGCU